AUGUAAAAUAAAAGCCCUUAAAUAUAGAAGAGUACAUUUACAGAAUUGAAAGAGUAUAGAUAAAUGCAGAGAGUCAUCUAUUGUUUGAUUGUCUAUGUCCUUUAUGGAGAAUGCUUGAUUCUUCUCUUCCAAUGCAUUUGCCUGUCCAUUAUCUUAUUUUAUGAAGUACCCCCUGUCAUUAUAAGUAGUUUAUUGGAAUAAUUAUAUUCUAAUGUCUCAUUGUUGUAAUUUUAUUGAGAUUGUUCAAUAAUGUAUAAAGUAAUUAAAGUUAAAUAAUAGGAUUGUUGAUCAUCCAAUAAGAGUGCAAAACUUGUAAAUAAUUAAUCUUCUGUUAAAUUUGCCAUCAUUGCGACUCAAUAGUACUUCACAUUGGAUUCUUGGAAAUGUGUUUAGUCGAAGAUUAAAUUAAGUAACAGCCUUUUACAUUUAAGACUCCUCAAAAAUAUAGUGGGCGUGUUCUUAACUAAAAUAAUUGCAUAGGUGAUCAUCCAAACUUAUGCAGCUAUGAUAAUUGAGAAGCCUAUGCAAUUUUACUCUGCUUUCUUAACAAUAAUAAUAACUAUCUUAUUUUUUAACAUAGUUCUUUUAUUAUUUCUUAUAUUUCUUGCAUGGAAGGUAUCUUUUGAAAUUCGGAACAAAUAACAAAUCAAAACUCCUCAAGAUGAAUUUAAAAUGAUUGAAUAAGACGUUGAUAAAUGUCAUCAAUUCGUAAAUCAAAAAGUGGAAUAAAAGAAUCCAACCCCAGAUCAAUAGGAAAUUGAAGAUAAAGGAUCUAUAAACGUAUCUAUCAAUGAGGACAUAAGUCCAGCCAUGCUGAAAUUAGUACUAUCAAAAUUAAUCAAGAAAUCGAGUUUAAGUCCUAGUCCUGGUAGAUACCGCUCUGGCAAAAUACUUGAUUUUCUAGAAAAGAAAUUAAGCCAUGCCAAAUUAAGUCAAAAAGAAUUACAUAAUGGAUACAGCAAAGAGUACAGUAGAAAAUAUAAUACCAACUAAGGUAAUUUCUAUUUAUCUAUGACAGCAUUAUAAAUUAGUGUAGAUUUUGGAGAACAAGAAGAUGUCUCCCUAAAAAACAAAAUCGAACUAGAAAUCAACAAUCAUAACUUCUUUAAAUAAACUAAAUUCAUAUCUUGA